AUGCCGCGCUCACUCUCCGACCAGCUGCGCCUGGCUACCCUCCUCGGCCUGGCGCUCACGCUCGGAGCUGCAGCCCACGAGGGCCAUGUCCACGGCACGACUUCCGCGGCGGCCGCGGCUACGACCGGGCACGACAUGAGCGGCAUGGACAUGGGCGACGGGAGCAUGGACAUGGGCGGGGACGAGCACAUGGGCGCCAUGACGGGGAUGAAGAUGUGGGUCCAUGGGACUAUCGGGGAUGACUCCGCAGACGACGUCCUCGAAGUCCUCCUUCCAUCUGUGCGCCCUUGCCGCUCUCCGCUCCCUGACCUGCACAUGGACAUGGCGAAGAUGUGA